GAAGGCGAGCCGGAUUGUCCUUGGGCAUCCGAUAGGAAACCAAGAUCUACGAGGGGACCCGGAGUGGAGGUCGGGGUGUUUUGUGCCCUUUGCCAGUGGGGAAAGAGAACGGGAGCCCCAGGUCUGGCCACCCAUGCUAGUCCCAGACUUUUCCGCUCAUCCAAUCACUCAGCCAGGAUCUGCGGAGUUCCUGCCCUGUGCCACGCACGGCCCCAAGCCUUUGAGACACAAUAGACAGAACAGCCAGGGAUUCGUGUCUGCCCAGACCCUCCGUGUCGGUGGAGGAGAGGAAGAGCGGGGCGGGCGGACCGUAACGUUACCGGAGACGAUUCGGGAGGCCUCCCUGGGGAGGUGACGUUUGAGCCCCAGCUUGGAGGAAGCGCGGGAGAGAGCGUCCAGGAAGAGGGAACAGCCAGUGCAAAGACCUGGAGGCGGGGGCCUGUUGGAAAGAAGAGUAGGGAGGCCAGGGAGGCCGGAGGUGAGGUCAGAGGAGGAUGGGUGGGGCCUCGAGGGCUCAGAGAAGCCAGGAAGGAUUCCAUCUCAGUCCCUCUGUUUCCAAAGAAAUCCAUUUCUCACAGCUUGAAGGCUGGCAAGGCUAAUAUCUAGGCAACGGCAUCUGGCAAAGACCUUCGUGUUCCAUCUUUCCCUGGAGGAAGGCAAGAGGGUGAGGGAGGGGAGAGACUGACCAAGAUUUUGGUUUUGACCCAGAGCAGCAUGGCGCCAUUGCAGACACACACAGUCCUUUACGUAGUGAGAACCUCCAGCUUUCCCUAGGGGACAGGAGGCCGAGGGAGGCAGCAUUUCUGACUCAUGCAGAGUCCUAAGCAACUCUGGAGAGAGCAGACAGGCAUCAGGGCCUGGUGAGUCUCUUCUGGGGCUGGCGCCUCUUUUUUCUGGGUCCUUCCCACCGUUUCUUGUUUGGGUGACUGCUGCAGGCCACUGUGGGCUGGGCCUGCCACCUAGUGGCCACACUCUGCCUCCACCAGGUCUGGCUGGGGAGAGCAAGGCCGGUGUUCCAGUGGACAUGAAGAGGAGUUUGGCCUGGACAGGCGGAGCAGGCCUUGUCUCUUGCUGACUGAGGCAGCCCUGGAGGGGUCUGGCCAGCUGGAACCCAGCUGCCAUCUCAGCCCACUCAGCAAGGCUGUCAUUGACCAGAAACGGGAAUCAGGCAGGUUGGCGGCCCAUCAUCUUGCCCCAGAAGAUUCCCUGCUCUCUCUGCACACACUUCCUCCAGUCUCAGGGUCACUGAAGUUGGCUCGCUCCCCACUCCUGGUUGCCCAAGGUCUGGGCGCUGGGCCACUUCGCACCCUUCAGUCAGAGUUAAACAUUAGUGGGAGGUUAUCUUCCCGUCUCCGGGGAAGGCAGGGGAAUCACACUCACCCGUCUCCCGUGUGGAGCGCGGUUCCUGCCGAGCACAGAAAUGCCCGUGGAGGAGUUCAUGGCUGGCUGGAUCUCUGAAUUGCUUCCUGGGCCUGGCAUGAGCCCUCACUCAUAGCACCUUCUUGUCACCACAGGAGCUCUGGGCCUGGUCCUGGGACAUCCCUUUGACACUGUAAAGGUACGGUUGCAGACCCAGACCACCUACAGGGGCAUCACGGACUGCAUGGUCAAGAUCUACCGCCAUGAGUCGCUCCUGGGCUUCUUCAAGGGAAUGAGCUUCCCUAUUGCCAGCAUAGCAGUGGUCAACUCUGUCCUGUUCGGGGUCUACAGCAACACCCUGCUGGCACUCACAGCGACCUCCCACCAGGAACGGCGGGCCCAGCCCCCCAGCUACACACAUGUCUUUGUAGCAGGCUGCACCGGCGGGGUUCUGCAGGCCUACUGCCUGGCCCCUUUUGACCUCAUCAAAGUCCGGCUACAAAACCAGACAGAGUCAAGGGUUCAGCCAGGGAGCCCCCAACCCCGGUACCGGGGACCUGUGCACUGCGCUGCCACUAUCUUCCAGGAAGAGGGUCCUCGGGGACUGUUCCGAGGAGCCUGGACCCUAAUGUUGAGGGACACCCCCACGUUGGGAAUCUACUUUGUCACCUAUGAAGGGCUCUGUCGCCAGUACACUCCAGAAGGCCAGAACCCCAGCUCAGCCACAGUGCUGGUGGCCGGGGGCUUUGCAGGCAUUGCCUCCUGGGUGACAGCUACGCCCUUAGACGUGAUCAAGUCCCGGAUGCAGAUGGACGGGCUGGGGCCGAAAGCCUACCACGGGCUGCUGGACUGCAUGGUGAGCAGCUUCCGGCAGGAGGGACUGGGGGUCUUCUUCCGGGGGCUUACCAUCAACAGCGCACGUGCUUUCCCUGUCAACGCCGUCACUUUCCUCAGCUACGAGUAUUUCCUGUACUCGUGGGGAUGAGCCUGGUGGCAAUGCCAGCAGCUCCCCCACAGGACUCUGACUGUGAGAAAGCACCCAGCUCGAAUUCAAGUGCGAGAGGCUCAGCCUUUCCUACCCCAGACCAGGCUGCGGGACACCUGAGCAGAAAGCCACCAUCCCGGCUCCCGCCCAGCACCACUCACCUUGAUCCUUUGCUUUCCUGCUCCAGGAAGCACAGACAUGGGGAAGCAGCCAGGGGUGUUGGUGACAUCCCAGCCCCACUUCUGCCAUGUUCCCUCUUUUUUUUGUACCAGGGAUUAAACCCGAGGGUGCUUUCCCACUGAGCCACAUCCUCCCUUUUUGUGUUUUGAGACAGGGUCUCACUAGGUUGCUUACAGCUUUACUAAGUUGCUGAGGCCGGCUUUGAACCUGUGAUCUGCUGCCUCAGACUCCUGAAUUGCUGGGAUUUCAGGUGGGCACCACCAUGCCUGGCUGCCAUGUCCCCUCUUAAGGAGCUCUCAGGCCACCUCCAUGCCACCAUCCCCAGGGGUCCAGUAACAGCACGCUGGGCGCUGCUUCCCACCCCCUCCUUUCAAAGCUCUCCUCCUGUGACUGCAGCAUGGUGUGACCUUUUGUCCAUCCCUGCCCAGAAUCCUUCAGGGGCUCCCAUUAUCUUCAGGAAAAUUCUGAACCCCACCUCUACCUGGCCAUCUCCCCACUGGGCUUUCCUGUCCUUGGUCACUUGGUGGACAUGAACAAGCUGUGCUCGCUGUGGCCUGGGCCUGGAAGGCUCAUCCCCCCUGGCUAGUGGGGGCAGUGCCGGGCAGUGUGCCUCUGUCCUCCCCAGCUGACUCGCCCUCCUCCAAGACAGCAGAGCACUGUCUCCAGGGUACCACCUGCCCUGCCCAGCCACGCUCCGGGGUUCCCAGGCGCCCUGGCCCACCUGCACUGCUUCAUGGUUGUUGAUUUGCUACUCGGCUUCUCCAUCGUCCUAUGAGCACCUUGAGGCCAGGGGUGGUACUGGUCUCUCAGCACAACCCCAUGCUUGAGCAGAUGUAUUCAGUAAGUGCUCAUUAGAUGCAGUGCUGAUUGCACCCCCACCCCGUCUCCCCACUUCAGCCCCCACACCUGCUCCCUUGGUCCUGGGACGCACUGCUGUCUCCUGCGCCUACCAACCACCAUUUGCCUGCCUUGACCGUCUCCAGGUCAUCUCCAGGGGAGGGGCGCAGAGGUCGGGGUGUCCACCCUGCCCACACCCACCCCACGUCUUCUUUACCCAUCUCACUUGCCAGGUGGGAAUUAAAAACUGGCUAAGAGGGUUCCUGUCAUUGACAGUGAAGCUCAACAGAGCCUGUACCCUCUAACGUCCCAAUCUGGUCUGCUAUCAGCCUGAGGCGCCCUGUGAUGACCUGAAUUUCUGCCAUUGCUGGGGGUCCCUUGUAGACCCUAUCCCAUGUGACUGUCACAGUUUACAGAGGAGGUGGCCUUGGCUCAGAGAUAUUUUGCAACUUGUUCAAGGUCACACAGCUGGAAGUCACAACCUGCCUGAAUGCAUCUGGGCCUCCAACCCCAGAGCCCAGUUCCUUUGCUACAUUGCUCUGCCUCAACUGUGGCUGUCUCCACAAGUCACCUAAGUUUCAACUGACCUAGGUCAGACCUGCCAGGACUGCUCCCCUAUGGGCCCAUGGGAACCCGCUCCAUGCCCAUGUGUUGCAUUCGGCCACCCUGAAUGGUUCUCCCUGCUCAGAGCAUGGUGGCUGGGCGGGUGGCCCUGAGCGGGGCUACAUUUUCCAGCCUUCCUCGCAGCUAGGGUUAGGUUCUUGCUAGAGAAAUGGGAGCCAAAGGGAUGUGUGCAGAUUUCCCUUCACUUGCUUCAAAAGAAAGCCCUCCCUGUUGGCUACAAGUGUCCAGACUGACCCCUAGAAGGUCGCUUCUGAAGAUGCAGGAGGUAUCCUGCUGACCCAGAACCUGGGUGACUUUGAGGCACACCGCCCACCUCUCCGCUUCACCCCAGCUAAGCCAUGGGUAAGGGACUGUGAGUAUCUGGUCCAUGCUAAUCCAAGUGCGUCUGUGGGGCAGGUGAGCCAGGAAGAAGGCCCUGCCCUCCUCGCACCUGCCAAUCCAGAUCUCCAGGGACAGGGCCUUGGGAUCUGUAUGGUUGAAAGCUUUCCCAGUGAUUUAGACACAUAAAAGUUUAAGAAUCAGUGUUCCGGGUGCUCCAGAACAGAAGUGUUGUAUGAUAGCAGCCUUUGAACUAGUUUCUAGAAAUCUCUGCUCUUUGAAAAAACAGAGUCACCCUGAGACCAGUUCCCAGGUGACUUGAGACCAUCACUGUCCUUUUCAGUUUUCUGCUGCAGUUUUCCCUCUGAGAUCCCUUCUGGUCAGACAGUUUGGGGCCAGUCCAGUACCACUGCAGGACCAGGGGUUGCAGGUCAGACAAGGCAGCAGGGGCAUGGCAGACCCUGGAACGCUGGGGCGGUUGGCUGUUCUGCACACAUGGAAGGGGAGAGGGCUUUUAUAAAUGGCAAGGAGGGGACAAAAGGCCUGAGUGGCCCUUGGAGUUUUGCAAUUUCUUACCACAUGACAACUAGCAAGAGAGAAAAAUCAAGGAACCCUUAUUUAAAAAAAAAAAAAAGAAAAAAAAUUCACACCCUUUUGGGGUAGUAAUUAUGCCUGUAUAUCUGGGCUUCCAUUUUUCUUCUCUGGUUCUAUCCAGAGGCCUCUGGAAGGGCCUGGGGCUCUCCCCUGAACUCCUAGUUGAGAACCAGAGGGGUACAUGGCAGCAUCCAGGAGGAGUCAGAUUCCCAGGCACCAGUUCUUUCCACUAACUCAGCUGGGCCAUGUGGGCUCAGUGGUUAAGCGCUACGGGUUCAAUCCCCAGUACCAUAAAUAAAUAAAUAAAGUUGUGAAUGAAAGAAAACUGGCAGAGCCCUUGGACUAUUACCAGAGUGCUUGGGCACAGGUCCCAGAGGUCCCAAUAGGCCAGGCUUGGCCACCCAUCUCAAUAUGCCAGUCGAAGAGCCGAACAAUGUUGAAGGGCAGGAGAGGAGCUUUAAUCAGCAUGACCAUGCAGGGAAGAACAGAUUCAGAGAGGAACAAUGACCAAAGAUCUGUCUUCAAGGGACUGACAAGAACUUUGAUGCUUUAUAGAAAAGGGGAACAAAACUGGGCAUUGGUGGCGCACACCUUUAGUUCCAGCUCUGUGGAGGCUGAGGUGGGAGGAUUGCAUCUUGGAGGUCAACCUGGGCAACUCAGUGAGACCUUGUCUCAAAAUUAAAAAAAAAAAAAAAAAAAAAAAAA